UUCCAGAAACUCUUCUUGUUUUUGUCUCCCCUUCUCUGCUUUUGUUUAUUUUCUGGUUGAACGAACCUCCCCCUUCUUUCUCUGUUCCACCGGAAGGAACAACGAAGGAAAACAGAGAGAGAGAGAAUUGGAGAUAGGGAAUAAUUUGUUGAAAGCAGAAUUGGAGGUGGAGAGAUGAAGAACGGUGAUGAUUGGAGAAGGAAUUCUUGGAGAUUGAAGCUCUGUAGUGUGUUUUACGGCCUAAGGAUCCAAUGUUGUGCUUGAAUGCGUUCUCCUAGGCCGUAGGCAUAAGGAAGAAGAGAUUUUGAAGCGGAAACCGUUUGGGCGCCGAUAUUCAGAGGAUCUCCAGAAAUUCGUGAAUAGUUCGUCGAGGUAAUCUUUGCUGAAUUUGUUCUCAAUUUCUGGUGGAGAGCGGAGUUUCGGAAGAAAUCUUUACAUAUUCAGAUUCUUUAAGGAGGAGAUGUUUGGAAGGAAUGGUAAAGGCAGUGGACAAAUAUAAGUAAAAUCCGUUAAAUCUUUCAGAAAAGUAGAGGUUGGGGAGCUUAUAACCGUAUAAAUCCAUUAAAGCAAGCUUCGAUUGGAAACUGGAAGCAACAGCAUCAUCUGCUAUUGUAAGCAUGCAGAGUAUUUCCAAAAUAUCUGGAAAGAGAUAAAGAAGGGGAAAUAUCAGGUCAGCGACGAACAAUAUCCGUCUAGAUUGUGUACGAAUGGCUUCUAAUCCGUCGGAAAUGCAAGAACCGAGCAUCGAUACAGACAAGCUCAGCUACGAGAUCUUUUCCAUCCUUGAAAGCAAAUUUCUGUUCGGCUACGAUGAUCAGAAGCUCUGGAUCCCAAAACACAUAUCUCCAACCACUGAAACAAAUUCUGGAGCUGCUGAGCCGGCAACGACUGAGAAUAGUGUAUCGGCCAUCAAGAACCAGAGAGGUAAGGUCUGCAUUCUCAGCAUUGACGGCGGAGGCAUGCGUGGGAUCCUAGCUGGUAAAGCCCUAGCUUACCUCGAGCAAGCUCUCAAGAACAAGUCAGGCGAUCCCGACGCAAGAAUCGCCGAUUAUUUCGAUGUCGCCGCCGGGACUGGCGUCGGAGGGAUCUUCACAGCGAUGCUCUUUGCCACCGAAGGCGGUGGACGUCCCAUUUUCUGCGCGGAGGACACUUGGAAAUUCUUGGCGGAACAGGGGAAGCGAUUCUUUCGAUUACCAGCCAGUUCAUUUUCCCCCUCUAGUUUUCUCCGGCGUUUGUUCAAGGGUGGAACAAGCGGCUCAACCGAUUCAACAACAGCCGGUCUUGACGCAGCCGUGAGAGAGGCUUUUACGCAGAAUGGUCGGACUCUGACGCUCAAGGACACCUUGAAGCCGGUGUUGAUACCAUGUUACGAUCUCUCAAGCUCGGCGCCGUUUCUCUUCUCCCGAGCUGAUGCGCUUGAGACAGACAGCUUCGAUUUCCGGUUGUGGGAGGUGUGUCGAGCGACUUCGGCCGAGCCGGCGUUGUUCGAACCGGUGGCUAUGCGGUCGAUAGACGGGCAAACUCGGUGCGUCGCGGUUGAUGGAGGGCUGGCAAUGAGCAACCCGGCCGCGGCAGCAAUCACGCACGUACUGCACAACAAGCAGGAAUUCCCGUUCGUAAGAGGGGUGGAGGACCUCAUGGUGCUGUCUUUGGGGAGUGGUCAGGUACUUGAGGGUAGCUACGACUAUGAGAAGGUGAAGGGUUGGAAAGCCAAAGAGUGGGCGAGGCCAAUGGCUCGAAUCGCCGGCGACGGUGCUGCGGAUUUGGUCGACCACGCCCUCGCGAUGGCAUUUGGGCAGAGCCGGAGCAGCAAUUACGUCCGUAUUCAGGCAAAUGGGUCAAAUUUGGGGGAAUGUGGAGCCUACGUGGAGACCGACUGGAGUCCAGACAAUGUGAAGAUGUUGGUGGGAAUGGCGGAAGAGAUGCUGAAACAGAAGAAUGUGGAGUCGGUACUGUUUGGAGGGAAGAGGAUAGGGGAACAGGCCAAUUUCGAGAAACUCGAUUGGUUCGCUGGAGAACUCGUGCUGGAGCAUCAGAGGAGGAGUUGCAGAAUCGCUCCCACUGUCGCAUUCAAGCAAGCUACCCCGAAAGACUCUCCUAAACCACCCCCAAAUUAAAAAUCCUGUUGUGAUUGUGAAGCAGAGGAAAAGAAAACGAAAAUUUGAAAUGCAGGGAGAGACGGAGAAAAAGGAAAAAGAAGUAUGUAAUAUAGUAGCAGCUUUAACUUUUUGCAAAAGGGAGAGGAGAGGGGUGAGCAUUGAGGAAGAGAAGUGAAGCAUGGGGGCCCUAGGCGAAGAUCUUAAUUAGAUUUUUGCCUGCCAGAGGACAAGCUGUAACAGUAUCGCGUCCACUCCAACCUUUUAAGCUUCUCCCCCAGACCCAGAGAGAAAGAGAAAGGAGAGAAAGAGUUUCAAAGAAUAGUUUUGACUCUCGUAAUCAAUCUUGUUUCGGUUCUUAGCUUUGGGAAGUCAUAUUGGUCCAGGCUUGGCUUCAAAUAGGAGUUUUAAGGAGUAAAACCCGUUUCACCUGGGACCGUUUCUCUUCUCUGCCUCGAUCUCUGGUUCGCCAUCCUUUUCUUGCCUUUCUGGACUGUGGGAUGUGGACCCUGCCGAAUGAAAAGUCUAAACGAAAAAUUGGAGACACAGGAAAGGGACAGAAUAACCCCACACAGGUUCCGAACUUUUCCCUUGGAAUGGUGUUUGUUUUUGUUUCUAUUUUUCCUUUCCCCUCCUAAAUAAUUUGUAGCGGUGGGGCAGAGUGUAUUUUUCCUCCCCUACGGACCAUUUAAAUUUGGUCCAUAACUCUCCUGAGAAGGGGGUUGAUGACCUUACGAGGAAUUGGUUUGUGAGUAUGGAUCAGGUUCUUGUGCAAUACAAUAAUCUGAUCUAAGUAUAUGGAAUUCAUUAUAGAAUUUUUUUGUGUGAAUUCUAUGUGUGGAUCAGAUUGUACAAGAAUGUACGGAACAUGAUCUGCUCUCUUGGUUUGUGAUGGGAGGAACUGACAAAUUAUAUUCUCCCUCCCUCCUUUUUCCGUCUUUGUUUGUAGUCGAUGGUCUUGCAUUUGUAUGUUUAUUUGAAUAUUCAUGACUGGUGACCCAUGAUUAAUGAAAGAAGGAACUUCUCCUC